AUGAAGGGACCAUCUGGCUGGUGGUCCGGCUCCACCCUCACGUCCCUCCUCCUCCUUCUCCUCCUCAGCAGUUCCCCCACAACAACUGCAACAUCAUCACCAUCCUCAUCAACAGCGACGAGGGCUAGCACUACUCCGUUAACCUGCGACAACCUGGUGGUGGACGGGCACAAGUACAACCUGGGCGCGCUCGCGGGCCCGCAUGCUGUGGUGACGAGCGAGUACACGCCGCCGACGCACCACAAUACGACGUACACUAUUGACGUGUGUGGGCCGCUGGUAAGGAGGGGGGAGGUGGAUCGGGCCGAGAGGUGUCCUGAUGGGACGAGGGUAUGCGCCAUUAAACACCGCUGGGACCCCAAAGCCGGCAAGACGACCGAUAUCGACCAGGUCAUACCCAUUGUUGUGAGCGGGACGGGCGACGACAACAAGGCGGCCGUGGGGUGGGAGGCGAAGCGGUUGCCCAGGGACGACGACGGCUCGGCGACUCAAGAUGGCAAGAAGGAAGGGCUGAGGCUGACGCUUACGGGCGAGACGAGGUAUCAGCAGCGGGCACAGCGGGCGGUCGUCGAGUUCAGGUGUAACCCUGACUUGGUGGGCACCGAGGGGGAGUGGGAGAGCGUGGACGAGUACGUGCCGCCAAAGAAGGAUAAGGAGGGUCACGAUAGGAGGAGGGAGAUCAGGAUCGGGCGGCGCGAUGACGAGGAGAAGAAGAAGGAUGGGGAUAAAAAAGACGGGGAUAAUGAGAGUGAGAGCACGCCAGAGAAACAGCUCAAGAAAGACAUGGCGGCGCUCGUGUGGGAGGGGUAUAAGCGCGAGCGCGAUGGGAACGGCGCUGAGAUGGACACCCUGUACCUGACGUGGUACACGAAACAAGUGUGCGAUGCGGCCGUGGACGAGCCAGUCCCGGAGACGAGCCAUUCGUCGGGCUUUUUUUUCUGGCUGUUCGUCAUUGGCUUCCUUGCCGUCGCAAGCUACCUCAUCUUCGGGUCCUGGAUCAACUACACGCGGUACGGCGCGCGCGGUUGGGACCUGCUCCCGCACGGCGACAUGAUCCGUGACAUCCCCUACCUGAUGAGAGACCUCAUCCGCAGGAUCCUCAACACGCUCCAGAGCACGGGCAGUCGAGGCGGGUACUCGGCCGUCUAG